AUGAAGAACAUUCCUUAUGCAUCUGUUGUUGGGAGUUUAAUGUAUGUUCAAACUUGCACCAGAUCGGACAUUAGUUUUGUUGUCGGAAUACUGGGCAGAUAUCAAAGUAAUCCAGGAUUAGAUCACUGGAAAGCUGCAAAGAAAAUUCUUAGAUACUUGCAAGGAACAAAGGAUCAUAUGCUCACUUAUAGAAGAUCUAAUCACCUUGAGGUGAUUGGAUAUUCAGAUUCAGAUUUUGCUAGAUAUGUUGAUACAAGAAAAUCAACAUUUGGCUACUUAUUCCUAUUAGCUAAAGGAGCAAUUUCAUGGAAGAGUGUGAAGCAGUCUGUCAUUGCUGCAUCCACUAUGGAGGCUGAGUUUGUAGCUUGCUUUGAGGCUACCGUUCAUGGAUUAUGGCUGUGA